AUGAAUCCCGAUAAUAUCAGCUCAAUAAAUUGGUCUUUCCUCUCCCCAUCCAGCUUUACCUCAACCAACACAUCAAGUUACACAUCUGCUCAAUCAACUCGAUUCAGUUCAGCAGACAACAGUACCUUUCCCUCAGCCCGCUCUUCAGCUACCUCUCUGGGGGUGCUGGAGGAAGGUUUCGAUGAUUUACUGCAUGAUGCCGCUGCUGACCUAUUCAAUGAUAUACAUGGUGACACCAUGAAUGAAAUCUCCGAUCUGGAUGUACCCCAAGGCAAUGAUACAGGGGAAGAAGGGAUUAGAGGACCACCUGCAUCGAGAGAUGAGAGAACGCAGUGA